GAGAGACCAUCUGAGCUCCCCGCAGCAGCCAAUAGGAGAGCGCGGCCAGCAGAGGGCGCAGUGUCUGGGUGCCAGAUUCCAAGAUGGCGGAUCGUCUGACACAACUACAGGACGCCUUGAACUCACUGGCAGACCAGUUUUGCAAUGCCAUUGGUGUUCUCCAGCAGUGUGCGCCGCCCGCAUCGUUUGCCAACCUCCAAACUACUAUCAACAAAGACCAGCCCACUAAUCCCACAGAAGAAUAUGCUCAGCUCUUUGCAGCGCUCAUUGCGAGAACAGCAAAGGACAUCGAUGUACUGAUCGACUCGCUGCCCAGUGAGGAAUCCACUGCAGCUCUCCAGGCUGCCAGUUUGUUUCAGCUGGAGGAAGAGAAUCACGCUGCUGCAGCUCGGCUGGAGGAGGUGGUAUAUAGAGGGGACCUGUUACUGGAGAAGAUACAGACGGCAUUGGCAGAUAUUGCUCAGUCCCAGCUAAAGACACGUAGUGGAGCUCACAGCCAGCCUGUACCAGAGUCCUAACAGCAGGUGGCAGCAUUCCUCCACCAGAACGCACUAUAAACAUGUUCAAUAUGUACAGUGAUGGUGAACGUCAUGGACCAGAACCCAGCGUCCUGCUCUCUGUAACCAGAACCUCACUCACUGGAUUCCAUGGGCUUUAUUUUUAAUUACCUUUUCGGGAACUCAGUACACAAACUGAAUGAAUUUGGAGAAGAAAAAAAUAUCUCUAAACUGCUUAAACGAAGGACGACAAACUGCGCCUGUGCAGAUCGAUUUGUGUUCAUAUAGUUUUGUAACAUUUCAUUUGUAAUAUCCUGUUAUUUCACUUGUUUUGGUCACAAUACAAAUUGUAAUUAUGAUAUUUAAUGGGGAUUUCCAUCAACAUUAGAAAGUUUGCUUUUUCCCAAAAUAUUGUAUAUGAUUCUUUUGCUUUCCUCUUUAAGGAUUUCUCUUUUGUGGACAACGUGCACUCCGUUCCAAAUGCUUGAAGGAAUCCUUAAUCUGAAAAUAUUCAAAUUGAUCAAAUUCCAUGUUCCUAGGUAGGAAAAAAAGAAACAUUUUUUUUUGACACAAUUUUUCUCUUGUUGCAAUCACAUCUCAAAAAUAGAAACUGUUACCGUGUUUCAAAAAUUGGCGUUGAUGAAAGUGAUUUAUUUUAAACCCCUGUAAAAUUGAAAGAUUUUCCAAUAUGUCGCCACCAUUUCCUCUUAUUCUCUGCGUAAUGAGGGCAAGUAGAAACAAAGCUCCCAUAGAGCGGCUGUGCUCGGUAACCGCUCACAUCACUCGCUCAUCCUUACUUGUUCAUUGAUCGUAUUGAGGGAAUUGUGGAAUAUUUAACAUUUGCUUUGGGAUACACUCUAAAAGCUAAAACUAAUAAAUAAAGGAUUUAUUCGCUAAACCCCAAAUGGUAGUUGAUCAUCACAUUUCAAACUUUAGGCAGAAAGUUCCUAAAUCUGAUCUAGUACCAUUUUUUUUAUUUAUCCAGCCUGUAUGGCAAUUUCUGUGAGAAGUGAAUAACCCCAGAAUUAGCAGCAGUGGAUGUUCGUACCUCCUAUAGGAGCCUGUUUAAGGGAGACAAUAAAAGAGCUGGUAGAAUGGGCACUGAAGUCAGUGAUUUGACUCUUGAUGUAGAGGGGUAUAAGGAAACGCAGGCACUAGGAGUGUUUACAUUCUAAUACUUUUAUAGAAGAUUCACUCUUGAACCGGAGUAGACAGAAUGGCUAGUUUAAAAUAUGAAGUGUCUGUAUGACAAUGUCCCCUGCCUUUGCAGCAUCGCUUCCAUCAUAAUUACUUCUCAUUAGCUGAUGAUUACUGCUGUCUGUCCCUUACCUCGAUAUGUAAUGUCAUGGACUACAAUACCAUCCUCUUGUCCAGACAUUCCUGGCUGAGAAUGAUCGACAUGUACCCUGUAAUUCUGUUGGUGCAGUGAGUUCAGUAUAUGAGGAGGUGGAUGGUCUGUAAAUUUACACUGCGCCAUCGUCCCACAAACAAUUUGUCAGACUAUCCACCUUCUCUUUUUACAUAAAAGAAAAUGUAGACUGUCUCAGGAGGAAGUGAUGUACAGUUCUACCAAUUAAAGAUUCAUAAAAUUACAAGGAAA